GAGAGAAGACAACUCGUGACUUGUGACUGAGAUGAGCUGAGGCCCACUCGUGGAUUUUCUUCAGUAUUGGAUUCAAGCCAAAUUGUUUGUUUACUUAUUUAUUGCAAACGGAUAAGUCAAUUUUGAUUAAUUUUGUAUUUAUAUAUCGUACUUACUGGUGUUAUAGAUUCAUCAUAUUGCAUUGUAUAACAUUUACUUACGUUAUCAUUUACUAACGUCGUUAUUUAUGUCACGGUUUUUAUUACCUGGAAACAUCUGGAUUUCCCUGAAUGGCCUCAUUCCCUGAUGAAGAUGCUCCAGGAGACAUCGUCAUAUUGAAGGCAUUGAUACAGUGCGUCGAGCUGUCAUAGGAUCAGAUACACCCAAGGCCGAUCCAUCCUUAGUUACACUUUGCUUAUUACACGAGAGGAAUGUUCACGUUACUUGGGAUAUAACAGGGGGAAGUAGCAGACAUACUGGAUUGAAUAACACCUGGUAGUUGACGGAUAAUCUAGAAUGUAUGGGCAGAUUCACGUUUGUGUCCGCUCUUUGGUGAUUAAGAAAUUCGGCGAAGAAGUGUGGGAAACUAUACUAGAAAAGGCGCAGUGUGACGACACGACAGACUUCAUGGUGUUCCACCGUUACACAGACCAGAAAACCAUUGGGCUGGUGGUUGCCGUAUCCCAAGUUCUAGAUGUUCCAUUAGAAGCUGUGCUGGAGCUUUUUGGCGAAUAUUUCUUCGAGUAUUGCUUGGACAACGGUUACGACAAAAUGCUGCGAACGCUGGGAGAAGACCUCCCCAGUUUUAUACAGAACCUAGACUCGCUGCAUUCCCUAUUAGCCAUGUCUUACAAGAACAUAGAGGCGCCAUCUUUCAGAUGCGAAGCAAAUUCAGGAGAGGACACUCUGAUUCUUCACUAUUAUUCCCGUCGCAAGGGUCUCUAUCCUAUCGUAAUAGGUUUAGUACGAGCUGUUGGUAAACAUCUCUUUAACUCUGAUUGCACCCUCGAAGUCAUAAGUAAAACGGACGACAAUCCCAUGGAAGAAAACAGCCAGGACCAUGUGGUCUUCAGGGUGAAAGUAACGGACCAAGCGGAGAAAGAAGACGAAUCAAAAUGCCGAGAAUUGGCUCUUACUCAGAAAGAAAAAUCACUCAGAAGUUUUGUUCCAAAAUUCCCAAGACGCAUACACAUAGAUCCGUCCAGUUUCUGUAAAGCCUUGCCUUACCACGUGGUUUUUGAUGGCACCAUGACCAUAUUACAGAGUGGAGUUCAAAUGCAGAAAAUUUGUCCAGAUUUGAUGAAACCAGGUGGUAAAUUGCACGACUAUUUUGAACUCGUGCAUCCACGGAUGCCCCUGACUUCUGAAAAUAUCAUACGUUUUAUAAACGCAAAUUUUAUUUUACAAAUAAAGGAAAGUAUGUGCGGUGAGGUGACAAAUGGAAAAGCGGUCGUUCCCUUGAGAAGUAAGGCUUUUCCUAUUAAAGGUCAGAUGAUCCUCCUAGACCAGAGCGUUGGUCACAUAAUGUUCAUCUGCUCUCCAAGGCUGACCAGCUUGACCGAGCUGAUGGAACGCAACAUCUUUUUAUCGGACAUCCCCCUGUAUGACGUCACCAGGGAGUUGAUACUGCUUAACCAACAGAGGAUUGCCGAGAUAGAAAUUAGUAAAAAACUUGACGAAACAACGGCAGAGUUAAAGCGCACGGCCACGGCUUUAAACAGAGAGAAACAGAAGACAGACUCCUUGUUAUACCAAAUGUUGCCAAGGAAGGUAGCUGAUCAACUUAGGGAAGGUAGAACCGUCGAGGCCGAAAAGUUCAGCGAAGUCACAAUCCUGUUUAGUGAUAUCGUCACUUUCACAAACAUUGCUGCUGCGUGUGCACCCAUCAGUAUAGUGGAAAUGUUGAAUGAGCUGUACUCGCGGUUUGAUGCGUUGACCAGCAAACACGGCGUGUACAAGGUGGAAACGAUUGGUGACGCGUACAUGGUGGUGGCCGGAGUGCCGGACUCUGUUCCUGACCAUGCUGAGAGGAUAGCCAACAUGGCGCUAGAUAUGGUGGAGGCUGCUGGGGAGGUGAUCAGCCCGGCCACUGGACGACCAUUGCAGAUUCGCGUGGGCAUGCAUUUGGGUGGGGUAGUGGCAGGCGUGGUUGGGAAGAAGAUGCCAAGGUACUGUCUGUUUGGAGACACGGUCAACACGGCAUCACGGAUGGAGAGCCACGGAGUCCCCGGGAAAAUACACGUCAGCCCUUCUGCUAGAGAAAAACUUGACAACAAACCGUACAUUUUCGAAGAACGCGGUCUCAUAGAAAUAAAAGGCAAGGGCGAAAUGGUUACGUUUUUCCUCAUUGGUCGAAAUGGCGAGGUCCGCCUGGAGUUGAUGAAGGAUAACAACACGACGGUUCGGGGAGGAACGCUGGACACUAAUUUGGCAGAACCGAAUGCCUCCUUGAAAUGGGUGGACUCACAUCGCAUGUCCAGUGACCAAAAUGAUCGGACAGGUUCGCGUCAAAACGAGAGCAGAACGUGCACGAUUAUCUGACAACAUUUUCUGUUGUUGUCUUUGAAUUUUUAUAUUGUCGUGACGGGUGCAGAAACGUUACUCAAUAAUUGCUCAAGAAAUCUCAGACUUGGGCUAAAGAUGGCAUAUCGGAACACUUUAAAAACUCGAGGAUUCUGUUUUGUUUUUGAAGUCCUAAUAAUUACAGUGGAUCACUUAUGGUAAUACAGAAAGUAGCAGUCACCAAACUAAAAUAUUUUAUGGAUCUACAUGAAUAAAACUCUUUUUAGUGUUUAUGAAUUAUUAGAAAACUUUUUGCACAUAUACUACACAGA